CCUUGUGGCCCAAGAACAGAAACAGUCAUGUAACACCAAUCUUCAAUCCAUAUUCAUAGAAUCGCUCGCUUACAAAACGUGAAUAUCGUCGUGGAGUAUAGAAGUCGUAAUUAUCUUUGUGUGGAUUCACGAUCGUUGCUCCCCGGCAAGCAUCGGCGACUGUCUAUUGCAGCAACCAUCCUUGUCUUCGUGACACACAAGCAAAAGCAGUCCGAGAAAGAAUUGUGAGACCGAAACGAAAAAACGCAACAUCAACAGCCAUGGUGCACGCCGAUUCAUCAAAUUUCGCCGAUGGAAUGAGUAAGAAGGAGGUUUAUGCACAAGUGCUUGAACAAGCGAGAGCGUUGUUUGAUGGGCAAAGGAAUUGGGUAAGCAACUUCUCAAACACAGCAUCGCUACUUUGGCACGCAUAUCAUUCAUUGCCUUCUCCAUCCUCCGCAGUCAACUGGGCGGGUUUCUACUUCACAUCGCCUACAAAUUCGUCACAACUACUGCUGGGCCCCUUCCAGGGACAAGUAGCAUGUCAAGUGAUUAACUUCGGUCGUGGGGUAUGCGGAACUGCGGCAAAAGAGGCAAGGACGCAGUUAGUGGAAGACGUCGAGAAGUUCCCAGGACACAUUGCAUGUGAUGGAGCGAGUCGGAGUGAAAUUGUUGUUCCCAUUGUACAAGAUGGAAAGGUCGUAGCAAUUAUCGACAUAGAUUGUGCGGAACUCAAUGGCUUCGACGCGGAGGACCAGGAAGCCUUAGAAGAGUUGGCUGAGUUAUUGGCACGAUCGUGCGAUUUUUGAAGCAUGAGCGACGAUGAUCAUCAUAAGACAAGAAUGGGUUGAUGGCAUGCUAGAGACGCCGGAGUGACUAUAUGCUUUUGCGUAUUGGCACUGUAGCCCAGCCGACAGCGUUUAGGUAACGCAACAAAUCUUAGCACACGAGCGAAGUAUUAUUGUAUCUUCAGCAGAAAGUAGCAUUUAUGCAGACAUCACAACAACAUCCAGGUAAUGCGAACUCGAUUCGGAGAGAGAGUGCCAUUGUUUUUGGACAAUUAUAAGUAGUCAUCAACUC